UGUGAUAAUGAAUAUACAGUGCACUCUACUUCUCUCUGACAAACUUACAUGAAGGAACUGUGCAUGCAGCAAUGCAAGCAACUUGUGUGCUUCCACUAAGAGGAUCAGUGGUAAUUACCAACACCAUCAUUAGUUAUGAAGAAAAAAUGGCUGUUUGUUAGCAACUGUCAGAUGGCUCGAACACAAAGAAAUAAAGCCACCAUGGGUCAUCUUGGAUUGCUGAAAGCUCGUCUAGCCAAACUGAGGAGAGAACUUAUGACACCUAAAGGUGGUGGAGGUGGACCUGGUGAAGGUUUUGAUGUUGCCAAAACUGGAGAUGCAAGAAUUGGAUUUGUUGGUUUCCCAUCUGUAGGAAAAUCAACAUUAAUGAACACUCUUGCUGGUGUUUUUUCUGAAGUUGCAGCAUAUGAAUUUACAACAUUAACUACUGUACCAGGUGUUAUAAAAUACAAAGGGGCAAAAAUACAACUUUUAGAUUUACCUGGUAUCAUAGAAGGAGCCAAAGAUGGAAAAGGUAGAGGACGACAGGUUAUCGCAGUUGCCAGGACAUGCAGCUUAAUAUUCAUUGUAUUAGAUGUGCUAAAGCCCCUUGUGCACAAGCGGCUAAUAGAACAUGAAUUAGAAGGAUUUGGGAUAAGACUGAAUAAAGAACCACCUGGUAUUGUACUAAGAAAGAAAGAUAAAGGUGGUAUUAAUUUGCAAGUCAUGGUUCCUCAAUCAGAAUUAGAUUUGGAUAUGGUUAAAACAAUCUUAUCUGAAUAUAGAAUUCAUAAUGCUGAUGUUGUGCUGAAGUCCGACUGUACUUCUGAUGAACUUAUUGAUGUCAUUGAAGGAAACAGAAUAUAUAUACCAUGUAUCUAUGUGUUGAACAAAAUUGAUCAAAUUUCUAUUGAGGAAUUGGACAUUAUUUAUCAGAUACCUCAUACAGUUCCUCUUUCUGCUCAUCAUAAAUGGAAUUUUGAUGAUCUACUAGAGAAGACGUGGGAAUAUUUAAAGUUGAUCCGAAUAUAUACCAAACCCAAAGGCCAGCUUCCUGAUUAUGAAUCUCCUGUAAUACUUUCACAUGAUAAAUGUACUGUGGAAGAUUUCUGUAACAAACUGCAUAGAACGAUAAUGAAGGAGUUUAAAUAUGCUUUGGUUUGGGGAUCAUCUGUGAAACAUAAUCCUCAGAAAGUUGGAAAAGAUCAUGUUUUGAAUGAUGAAGAUGUGGUGCAAGUUGUUAAAAAGAUAUGAAAAAGAGCUGGAAUGAAAUUAUUGGAUGAAAGCCAUAUAUAUAAACUAGCCAAUAAAUCAUGGAUAUUUUUAUUUUCACUUGCA